UCUUUGGCCGACUAAGAAUACCUUUAAUUCGGUAACCCCAUUCCUUCAGCUGUCAUUCGGCUCUGUAUCUUCAAGUUAAAACGUUGACUAGGGAAAUAGAUAAUUUUCAUAGUUGUAGCUCACUUGCUUGCCGGUGUUCUUUGGUUAUUAUCAAUUCCAUUUAAACAACGAUGUGUUAAUUGUGAUUUCUCAGUUUUGUUGAAUGCCUUUUUGCAUCAAGUUAUGAGUUUAAAUAAAAGCAGUCUUAAAUCAUCGAGUGUACCUCUGAGCCGAGUAUUUGACAAGUUUGGAGAUAUAAUUUGUGACGAGUGGAACAAAAGUCAAAACAUGAAAGUUCCAAAUUCAAACCCACCUUUAGUCUGGAGUCGACCGUUUUUUGCUCAAGAUAGUGAUACAUUAGAAGCUUUAAAAAACAACAUGAACAGUGUAUUAUAUUUCACUGAUGAAGAUGAACCUUCAGAGAGGUUGUUGGCUUGCCAAACUUUGAUGGAGCGUUUAGAACAGGCCCUCAGAGAAGCCAAGCUACUUCAUUUACAUUGUGGGGAAGUUCUACUGCCUCAUGACCUCAUAUGGAGAAUAGUAGAUCAAGUGGUCACAGCAUCAGAAAAUGAACCUUGUGGACUAAGAGGAUGCCUAAUCUAUAUACAUCUUCAGGAUGCCAAAAAGCUAGAACGGAGGAGAGUUGGUGUAGUGAAAUGUGAUCCCAAUACUGUAGCAACCUUUGAAAUCCACUUGACUUUAUUUCAAGAUAAUAACAGUUGGUGGAGCUUAAGACACCUCAUUCCAGACAAACUGUUACAGAGUAUGGGUAAACGUUCCAGUCUUGUUGUCAGCAGUCAUUUUCUAUUAGAUAAAAAGAAGCUUUAUAGGUCCUCCAGUCAAUAAAACAUGUUGGACAAUUUAUAUUCUUUAAAAAAUUCUUAGUUUCAUAUAUUUAAAGUAAGGCAGCGUUUUAUUCAUUUGGUCUACGCACCCCAAAAUCAGCUUCAAGUAGGCCACUUUAUUUUGUGUGAACCUAUUUGGGAUCAAUUGUUUGCAUAAAUAUGCACUUGUUGUACAAUUAUAGGGGACUACUUGCAGUAUUGUGAAUAUAGCUGAAUAGUCUUUGUGCUAGUUUUUUUUAUUACUUUAAUUAAAUAAGGCCUUUUUGAUUUUUGUGAUAACAUAAAGCUUGAUUUCAAAUUGUGAACAAUCCCAGUGAAAUUUUUUAUUAAUGAGGCAGGUGAUUUUUAAUGUCAAAUAUUCAGCUAUAGCAGAGUAAUGUGUAAGGGGGUGCUGUAGGCAGCACAAACUAUAGCUGCUUUCAAUUGAUGCUUAGUACUUGCUGGGGUCGCUGCUGGAUGGCGCCGCAGCGGUACAACUCAUUUAGUAAAUGUCUGUGAUAGGUAAAAAUACUUCUCUUUCAUACGGUUUAGACAUAAACCUAUUCAACGUUUCCCACAACUGUGAGUUAUUAAAUUAAAGCCUAAUGUUAAAAGGAGUCUUUUAUGCAGGAUGCAUAGCUAGUGGCAUGGUUUAUAUCUGGGGAGACUGAAAAAACAACUUUGUGGUCUUUAAAUUGUAAUGUGCCAUCCAACUUUUAAAUGUUGUUCAUCACUUUUGUAACUCCCGUAACGAGUUUUUUUGAUUUGUUGUAGUUUUUUCCAAGCCACAGGUGAUAACUGUAACGCACAAUUUAGGCUUUGGCGAGUUUAUUGAUUUGCAGUGUGGGAGAAUGUUGUGCCUUUCUUUCUCUCUUAAUCUUUGACAUAAAGAAGAAUUUUUAACUUGUAAGAUUUAUUAGCCCUCUAAUGUAAAAAUGUUUUGAAAAACUCUGACUAGUUUUUUGUUCAAGUAAUACGAAAAGAAUUUUUAAAGUAAAUUCCUUCUUAGGUGAAAUUUUUUAUUUUUAUUUUAGUUGCUUUUUAUUAAAUAAUUACAAUUAAUGUAAAUAUGUUUAUACAUGUGACAAAAUCACAAUAUUAGUGUCAGAAUGUAAAUUUAUUUAUCCCAUAUAAAACUAAAAUUAAUUAAAUUUAGUUAAUGAGUUAAUAUUUGAAAAGACUGUAUUAACUUCAAGUAACAUCCACUACGAGUUAAAAAGAAUUGCAUUUCCAUGAAUGAAAUCCAAAGUUAUGAUAAUGAAAUUUCGUAAUUAAAAAAGUUUGAAUAAACUAGGUAAUUGAACUUAAAGUUCUAUUGUGCAAAGUUAAUAAAUCAAAGACAACUUUAAAAGAAAUAACUCAUUUAUAGAAGUUACUUGAUUUAGUUUUGAGUUUAUUUAAAAUUGCAGCACACAUAGCUUAUUACUAUCAUGCACAUUAAUUUUUGGCUUGAAGAUUCUUGUUUCUGAGUACGAAAAUUAUUUAAAAUUAUAGCAAUUGAAAAUUGUUUUGUUUAAUUUUAGAAUAAUUUAAUAUUAAACUAUAUCAGUUACAUUAGGGGGCUAAAGGUAUUAGUAAAAGUUUCAAGCAAUAUUCCUUAAUUGAAAAGAGUGGAGAGCUCAUUUAAAGUGCAUUUUUAAAUAAUUUAUCAUCAUUUUUAAUGAUUUCGAGGUGUUAAAUAUUCUUCUUUAAAAUUAUUCAUCUAUAUAUAGCGAUAAAUCUGUUUCCUGCUAGUUGGAAAGGUAAUUUCCUUCAAGUAUUUCAUGUCUAUUAUUCUUAACUAUCGUAACCUUAUUAAUUUUUUGUUGAAUUUAUUUUGAAACAUUGUGAUUUUUUUUCUCCCAAAAUAAAUUCUUGAAGAGUUGCCUAUUAGUAGUUUUAAACUCGUGAUAAAAAUACUGUGAAUCCUUUUUAAAUACUAUGUAAUAAAAUUUUAUCAUAAAAAAGAGUUAAAUUGAGUAUUUUCAUUGUUAAAUGUAAUUUGAGUGUAAGUGGAGAAUAGUGUGGGUUAAUGAAUGCAUGUGUUUUUCAUUUCGUAGAUGCAAAUACUGAUCAAAGUUGAAAUUUAAUAAAAAAAGCAACCUGUCUCUUAAAAAUAUUGUUUCUACCACUAUUUUAUUAAAUUCGAUUCUGCAAAUAGUUUAUAUUGAAAUAGUUUUCUGCAACUAUUAUCAACAACUAUUUGAUUUUAGCAAUUAUUUUCCGUUUUAAUCUAGUUCAUCAAAUCUUUACAAUUAAAUUUUUUUUGACAAAUAACAUUUGUCAAGCUUGACUCUAUUUUUUCAUUUAAAACUGUCUUAAAUUCAUUAAUGUUAAAUUUGUGAAUUUACUAAUCUAGUUAACAUACAACAAAUUUGUUUAAAGACAAAUUCUAUUAUACAUUAUGAGCUUAAUGUAUUAUGGCAAUUAUGUUAAAAAAGAAAAAAAAGUAGGUUGACGGAGUUUAUGUUGACAGACUGCUAUAAUAAUAGUGGUUGAAACAAUUAAGAUCCUACUUACUUGAAAGAAUUCCUAUGAAAAUCAAAUUGUAUUUUAAUAUCAAAAUAUUUCUUGCACAUAGAAUGUAGUUUGCACUACAACAUAAAAUACCUUCUCUCUGUCCAUAUAUAUGCAUGUUCCAGUUAUAAUAUGGGCAUCUAUUUUAAAAUGUGUGCUUUUGCUAGUUCUGUGUUCAUACUCUUUCAUUUUUCACAUUACAAGUAACACAUUGAGGCAUUUUUUAUUAGUAUUCUGUGAUUUCAAUUUGUUUAUUAAUUUAUGUAAAACAAAUUUUCUCAGUUGAAUGCAGGGGAACUUGUGUAAGUUGACCAUUUUGGGGAAUGAUUUGAUGAUCCACUUAAUCGAGCGGUCAACAUAUUAAGAUAUGUCCGUUUUUAUCAGUCGGAUACUCGGUCAUUAAGAUCGAAGGGUGAUCAGCAUGCAAAGGGGGUCAACUUAUCAAGUGAUCAUCAUAGAGAGGUGGUCAACUUAACAAGUUUAACUGUAAUAGAUAGUAUUUUAUCUCAAGGCUAAAAAUUUAAGUCAAAAUUUAAAUAUGCUAGUCAGUAUGAUCUCUUGUUUUAGCUUUACAAUGAAUUUCAGGGAUUGAAAUUUAUCCGAUACCUAUGCAUUGUUAAAUAAUUUAAUACAUACACAUAUGCAUUAAUUGUGACUAAAUAAUUCAAUCUAUUCUAAUUAAAUUUUGUGAUUAUUCAUUCCUAGAUAUUUUUCAAUUUCGUUCCAUUAUCUAUAAUUAGUUUAGGCAAGAAAUGGAAAGUAUGUACUGUAGAUUUUUCAGGUAUUGUUCAGUAGUAGAUUAGUUAUCCAAUUUUUGAAACCAAAGUUCUGAGUGUUGCAUGUGAAAUGUUAUUGCAGUACAUUUCUUCUGUAUUUUGUUUAAGUUGGCUUAAAAAUAUGCUUGGAAAUAUGUGCUUGUAUGUGUUAUUGGAUGAACAACUUUUUGUAUGUGUUUUAUAUUUUAUAAAAAAAAAACAAAUAAAAAAUAUUGAAAUUUA